UUGUCAUAUCACUAGAAACAAUUGAGCUAAUAAUUGAUUAACGAGGAUAACAAAUAUCCUUCAUAAUUCUUGACCUGAUUAGACGAUAUUAUUCAGCGUAUUAUAUAUAAUCAAAAAACUAUAUUAUAGUUGUAACACCGCGCAAUUCGCCACACAUUUCUGCUACGGCCGGGCAACUACAACGAUAAAGCGGGAAAGUAUCGCCAAAGAGCUACCAGUUAGAUAUCAUUAUUACGAGCUCUGUUCGCUUGCACCAGAAAAAAGAGAUAAACUAAAUUCUAUGAGCAGGGUAUUGACUGUUGAAACUUGAAUGUUAACUUUUGUGAGCAAGUGUGUACACUGGUGUGUGUUUUGUGAUCAGUUACAGUAUUAGCUAGUAACAGUAUUAGUUCGAGACAUAUAACCUCGAAAGUGCAUUGUAUUGUUAUUGUUAAAAUUCACUGUGAGCACAGUGUUUUAUAUAAAAAAAACGAGUGAUGGAAAGAAACAAAGACGUAGUUAGGGUGAAGAAAGAACCAAACGAUUCCUGGCCAGAUGCAGGAGACGGUUAUAAUUUUGAAUCUGUGAACUCUCACACAGCCAAGAACUUUGAAACAUUCAUGCUUAGUAAUUCAUCAGAAAAUCAUACAAAUAAUGAUAUAGCAUUACACAAAAAGUUGGAUGAAGAAAGACCCAUUGAGUACGGGUCCAUUAAAUCUGAACCGGUACCUUUUUCAACAAGUAUCUCCAAAUCUGAGUACCAAAGCAAUCAACCUAUUGUGAAAAUGGAAAAUGAGACAGAUAAUGUUAAUGAAAAUGUUUCCAUUGAUUUUGAGUGCAAGGAUGUCAAACCUGAAUUUAAAACUUUAACGACAAUAAACAGCAAAUGCGAAUAUCAAAGUCAACCAAUUGUGAAAGCAGAAAAUGAAACACAGACUAAUUGUUUGAAUCAUAAACAUCAGGUAAUUUCGAUACAAAACAAAUUUAAUUAUAAUAGCCAAUAUCGAGCAAAAUCAAAAUUAAAAUUUGAAGAAUACAAAGAGGUGAAAAAAUUAAUAAGAACUCCUAAAACAAAAAUGUCUCAUAAGUGUAAUUGGUGUCAAAAAACUUAUGCAAGAGAAGCAAGUCUAAAAUUACAUAUAAAUACAAUACAUAAUAGCCUUAGACCAUAUAAAUGUUAUUGUACAUGUUGUAUCAGACAAUAUGAAUGUGAAAAAUGUCAUAAAUUAUUUAAAUACAAAGGAAACCUCAAGUUGCACAUAAAUGUAGUACACAAUCGAAGUACAUCGUUUGAAUGUGAGGUUUGUUAUAAAUCAUUUGGACAUAAAAGUGACCUCAAACGUCAUGUCAAUGCAGUACAUGAUCAGAGUAGACCCUUUGAAUGUGAUAUUUGUCAUAAAUCAUUUGGACAAAAAAGUAGCCUCAAAACUCACCUAAGUACAGUACAUAGUCAAAGCAAACCCUUUGAAUGUGAGAUUUGUCACAAAUCAUUUGGACAAAAAGGUAACUUCAAUGUUCAUAUAAAUGCAGUACAUAAUCGUGUCAAACCCUUUGAAUGUGACAUCUGUCUCAAAGCAUUUGGAUACAAGCAUGAACUCAAAAAUCACAUAAAUACAGUACAUAAUCAGAUAAAAUCCUUCGAAUGUGAUAUAUGUCACAAAUCAUUUGGACUAAAAACGAAUCUCAAAUCUCACAUUGAUAUAGUCCAUAAUCGAAGCAAAGUCUUUCAGUGUGAGAUUUGUCACAACUCUUUUGGAAAGAAAAGUAACUACAAAAUACACGUCAAUGCAGUGCAUAAUCGUAUUAAACCCUUUGAAUGUAAGAUUUGUCAAAAGUCCUUUGGAUACAAGUAUACUCUCAAAAGACACGUGACAUCGAAUGUUUGUAGCAUACCCUAG